UCUUCCUGAACGUCAGUAUGAUGUCACUUGCAGACAAAAAGAGAAUCUAGAAAAGUGUAUCAUUGAUAAAUAAAGUCGCAAAUAUUUUUCUACCAAUAUUUGAUAAGUGAUUCAUAGUUUUGCGAAAUAGUGAUUCAGAACUCCCAUUGUCUGGUGUGUUCUUUCGAGUUAAGCACAAAGUUCGAGUAUAAGUGGUUUUCCUUCGCACAAAACUUUCAAAACAAUGGAAAACAUAAAUGCACAACCCGCCCAUCAUUCGCUAAGGUCAUCGAAUGACCCUCAGCAGACACAAAAACCGCAACAGUACGAAAUGCUUCCGGAUAGUGGAUCCAAUGGCGUAGCAAGGAUGACACCCCAACAGUUCCCGGGGAUACCUGGCCUCCAGGCGGCGCAGAAAGUGUAUCACUCCCAGCAACAUGUCAUACUUCCGGACAGUGGCCCCGAUGGGAUCGUCAUGCCCGGAAUGAUGAUGAUGGGCAAGAAGGGACCGGCGGUUCCGCCCAAACCGAAGAAACCAUCCCCUUCGACGGUGCCCCCACAGGUUCCCAAGAGUUCCAACGUUAAAAAGUACUGCGAGCCCUCGUAUUCUACGUUGCUCCAGGGCCAAACGGGUCCAACCGGACUGGAUGAGCACCCUUACACGAAUACGCAAUUUGGGAACGCCCCGGGCAAGAUGGGACUCAGAAAGGUAACGCUGGAUAAUGCGUUAGAGUUGCAGCAGCAGAAAGAAGCGCUGGAGCAUCACAAACGAAUGAUGGACAUAAAGAUGCAACGGGGACAAGCGGAUGGGGCAGUGUACGAAAAUACGCCGGGACGGUUUUAUGAGGGUGAUUCCACCUAUGCUAACAUCCCGGGACAUCGAAAGAAUGGAGAAGGGCUGAUUUACAGCAAUAUUGUCCAUAAUAACAACGAAAAGAAACCAUUUACACAGAGGCAAAUAUCGGAUGAACUUCCUCCGCCGCCAGCUCAGGAUUUGCCGGUUCCGUUGUCGUUGAAUGAGCUGACGCUGGAAGAUAAUGAUGACGAGUUCCCACCGCCACCAAGUCCCGUAAGUUCGUCGUAUAGCGAGUUGAGACGCGCAACAGAUCCUCCGCCUAUGGGUCGACAGCCACAGCCGACCUAUAAUAUCGUUGGUCCCGGUGCAACUGGCCAGACGUAUAGCAAUUUGGCUUCGAACAAUCAGAUCUAUGCGAACAAUAUGCAUCAUCAGUCCCUGUAUGGAACAUACGAUAUGAGUUCCCAAGGAUCAACCACUUAUGAAUCCAUUUACGAACCAAUUAAUCCCCGUCCAACCAGCCAAAUGUCGGGAAGAUCAAACUAUUCUUUGUACACACCUUACGUUAAUUCCCGAGGUAUUAACAGCCCGAACGACAGUUUGAUUACGAGCGCUUCGAAUCAACAUCAUCGCAACCACGGUCAGAAGGAAUCCGAGGUGGAUGCUUUGACCGAUUUGCUCGUUCAAUCGAUGGAUAACGUUCAGGAUCCGGACUCCUUCGGGACUUGUGUGAAAUGUGGGGACCGGGUUGUGGGCGAAAACACUGGCUGCACGGCUAUGGACCAAAUCUAUCACAUCGCGUGCUUCACUUGCCAACAGUGUCAGAUAAAUUUGCAGGGGAAACCAUUCUACGCUCUGGACGGGAAGCCCUACUGCGAGGAGGAUUACCUCAACACGCUGGAGAAGUGCUCCGUCUGUUUGAAGCCAAUUCUGGAGCGCAUUCUUCGAGCCACCGGAAAGCCAUACCAUCCGCAGUGCUUCACUUGCAUCAUCUGUGGUAAAUCGUUGGACGGAAUUCCGUUCACGGUCGAUGCCACCAAUCAGAUUCACUGCAUCGAAGAUUUCCACAAGAAGUUCGCCCCCCGAUGCUGCGUUUGCAACAUGCCAAUCAUGCCCGAGCCGGGUCAGGACGAAACGAUCCGUGUGGUUGCGUUGGAUCGUAGCUUCCACAUCAAUUGCUACAAAUGUGAGGACUGCGGACUGCUGCUUUCAUCGGAGGCGGAGGGUCGCGGCUGUUACCCGCUGGAUGAUCACAUUCUCUGCAAGAGCUGCAACGCAAAGCGGGUCCAAGCGCUGACCAGUCACAUGACCACGGAACUGUAAGUGGGUUUUCAUUGUUUCAUUCAUAGAGAACAAAUAGUCAUUGGACAGCGAACAAAAAAAAAAGAUGUGUCAUCACUGCCGACUUCUAGAAGCUAGGAGGCAGCUUAAAUCGUUUUGUGUAGCAAUCGGUCAUUCCGAUUAUUCCAGAUUACAGAAUAACGAAAACAAAAAAGAUGUUUAGUAUAGUAGAGACAAGUUGUAGCUGUGGCUGUUGAAUUUAGCUCUUUAGGGAAGACGUAGUCAAAUACGCGCUCAAAUAAACUACAGAUGCAUCUCUAAAUAAAUCUAUAUAUUAUAAACGUAUGUUGAACACGAUGAUACUAGUUGAAAUUUUGGAGAAACUAACAAAAAAAAAACAUUCCAUUUUAAUACCUGUCACGAAAAGUAGUUUAAAAUUUUAACAUAUGCGAUACCGUAAUUCUAAUGAAGAGAAGAGAAUAUUCGAAACAUUGCCAAUGUAUAUUUAGCCUUUAGGGAUUUAAUGUUAACGUGUUUUUCCGAUUCACAUUUGUAUGAUAUCAACCGCAUUUAUUACCAAAACAUUCGAUGGCAAGCGAUUAUGGCAAAACUGCUUUAUAUGUUGCCGAGAAGCUGAACCGAAACUGUAUGUAAUUGAGAAGAGAAAUAAACGAAAAUUAAUAAAUGGGA